AUGAAUAUAUCACAAAUAAUUCAAAUUCGUGCAUCUCAUAAUGCAUUUUCACGAUCUGAACGACCUUGCCAAAAUCGUCAAUUAAAUGCAAUUCGAUCAUCCAAUAAUCAGGCAAAAUUAAAACAAAAUUCAGCAAAUUUAUUAGUUUCAGAAUUUUUCCGAAAUGAUAGUACUUUUGAAUUAAUAAAUAGAUCACGAAAAGAAAGAUGGAUGGGAAGAAAAAAACUUGAGAAUAUUGGAUUACCCCAACAUGUUAAAGCUUCAAAUAUUUCCUAUGCAAAUGUAACCGAUAAUAAUCCAUUACAAGAAAAUAAUUUUAUUUUAUAUAUAUCAAAAGAAGAGAUAUUACUAGGAAAAGUAUUGUCAAUAUAUAAAUUAGUAUCUAAGCGACAUGCUUAUAUUUCUUUUUCAAAAGAUAUAGAUUCUUUAUCUUAUAUUUCAGUUGCCACAUAUAUUAAUAUUGAUGGCAAUUUAUUUUCUCCAGCAAGUAAAACGGGAGGCAAUUUAUUUGCACAUAUAACUCCAAAACAAGUUAUUUAUCACUUUGAUAAUAGCUCGGAUGUAAUUUACACUAAUUCAACAGUUGUUAAUCUAAUUGGUCGUUUAUGUUUAAUAGGAAAUUCUUGGGAAAUUUUUGAUUUUUUUCACAAAAACAUAUAG